UUCCGCCCGGUGCCGCCGCUACCGUUGGGGACCCCCCGCUGGCGGAGGCGCGCGAGGCAGCCGAGCGGGACGGGCGGGCAGGGGGCGGCCGGGUGGCCACACGCGUACACACACGGCCGGCUCGGCUGCGGACGGCGGCGGCUGGACGACGACGACGAGGAGGAGGAGGCUGAGGAGAAGGCCUGCGAGGAGGAGAGCGGGGCGGCGAGGAGGAGAGCGGCGGGGCGGCGAGAGGCGAGGCCCGCGCCGGGCCCCGGGAUUAACUGCUGAAGUACUGAUCGAGUUCUGCUAUUCUUCAAUGAGGAACUACAGGCUGAUCUUUUGCCAUAAUCUUAAACAACCAUAAAUGACAAAAGAAUGCUUGGUCAGUGAGGGCAGCUGGCGCAGAAAACGUUUUUCAAACUCGGCUGUUUAAGUACUCUGAGAAAAGACAGCUUUGAUUUUUGGCUGCAAAAAGAUAUGAGGAAGAGCUCCUCCCCUUCCUUGAGUAACUGCAACUCUGUUCUCGCUAACAAAAUAUUUGGAAUUCCACUUGAUGAGCUGCAGCAAGAAGGGCAACCAGACAAUGAGGUUCCAUUCAUAGUCCGCCAUGUAGUGGACUAUAUUGAGGAACAUGGGGGUCUGGAACAAGAAGGACUUUUUCAAGUCAAUGGGAAUGCUGAGACAGUGGAGUGGCUUCGGCAACGAUACGAUAAUGGAGAAGAUGUGGACCUGGUUAAGGAGGCAGAUGUACCCUCAGCUAUUAGCCUUCUUAGAUUUUUUCUUCAAGAACUUCCAGAGCCAGUUAUCCCAGGCAGUUUGCACACACAUUUGAUGCAACUUUCUCAAGAUUAUAAUAAUGAAGAUGAAUUUGGAAGAAAAUUGAGGUUCCUCUUGCAGCAGCUUCCACCUGUUAAUUACAGUUUGUUAAAGUUUCUGUGUAAAUUUUUAGCCAAUGUAGCAUCGCAUCAUGAAGAAAUUUGGUCAGCAAGUUCUUUGGCUGCAGUCUUUGGCCCAGAUGUUUUUCACAUUUACACAGAUGUGGAGGAUCUGAAAGAACAAGAAAUAGUUAGCAGAAUAAUGGCGGGACUUCUGGAGAACUACUAUGAGUUCUUUGAAAACGAAGAGGAAGAUUUUUCAUCUACUAAUGAUUUAAGCUCAAUAACUGAGCAGAUAAAUGAUCUCUUAGAAGAGGAGGAAGAUGUAAAGCUUGAGCAGUCAGAAGAACUUCCCGAAGAUGGCACAGAGAAACCUGUUGAAAGGCCAGCUGUGGUGCAUCUAGAUAUGACAGGGAGUAUCUCGGAUUCCAGGAGCGUUACACCAUCAACAAGUGCUCAUAUCUCUCCCAUAAGUAUCUUGCCAGCCUCUGCAGACAUUUUAGAGCGAACAAUUAGAGCAGCUGUGGAACAGCACCUUUUCGACCUGCAGAGCAGCUUAGAUAACGAUCUUAAACAUAUACAGCAACACAGACUGGGCUGUAACAGUGAAGCAAAAAAUCCCAGCGGGGACGAGGAAGGAUCUAACAACCAGAAUGAUGUUAUUGAAGAUAAUGACAGUGGUAGCAGUGAGAACGCAGGAGGCUGCUCUGAAGUAUUGGUUAGCAGGGAUUUAGACAGUGAAGCUAUGAAACACGAUACUGUAACCAAGGAAGAAGAAAGUGUUCAGGUGCUGGCCCUUCCUUCUGCUCAGGUAAAGGCUGCAGACGUAUUAUUGAAGCGAUGUGAUAAAGAUGCAGAUGUUGAUGGAGAAAAUAAUAGUGAAAGGCAAAAUAGUAUUUUGGCUGGUGGCAGUGAUAGAGAAUCUUCAGAGAUGCUUCUGGAUUCAAGUAGCAAGACUUGUGAUCUUAAUGCAAAUACUGAUUCAGAGGUGUCAGGGGAUGGUGAUGUUUAUGUUUCUGAGGAAGCUCUGGGUGUCCAAAUACCACGUCUAGAUCUGAAGAAUGCAUCUGAUGGUGACAAAUGGGAAGCGCCAUGCCCUAUCACUUUCCCCCUCAUUGAUUUCAAAACAAUGCAUCUGCAGAGAGAAGGGGAGGAUCCAUUUCCCGCUUUCAAAUCUUGGCAGGAAGACAGUGAAUCUGGAGAAGCUCAGCUUUCCCCACAGGCUGGAAGAAUGACAAAUCAUCCAUUGGAAGAGGACUGUCACCCAAUACUGUCACAUCGUAGUUUGGAUUUUGGGCAAAGCCAGCGUUUUUUACAUGAUCCAGAAACGCUAGAUUCUUCAUCCAAAGCACUUUCUUUUGUUAGAACACGAAGAGCAUCCUUCAGCUCAAAAGAUGACAAAAGGGAAGACAAGACGCCUUAUCAGCUUGUCAAGAAAUUACAGAAAAAAAUAAAGCAAUUUGAAGAACAAUUUGAAAAAGAGAAAAACAGUAAGCCCUCCUAUAGUGAUAUUGCAGCCAAUCCUAAAGUUUUAAAAUGGAUGACUGACCUUACCAAAUUAAGAAAGCAAAUUAAAGAUGCAAAGCAGAAGAGCUCAGAUGGAGAAUUCAUACCUCAAACACGUCCACGGAGUAACACUCUUCCAAAAAGUUUUGGUUCUUCUCUUGACCAAGAGGAUGAAGAAAAUGGAGAUGAGAUGCGUGUUGUGCAGAAAGAGAAGAAGCCCACCAAGGAAGCUACGCUCGAACUCAUUUUGAAAAGAUUAAAGGAAAAACGAGUUGAGAGAUGUUUGCCAGAAGAUAUAAAGAAAAUGACAAAGGACCAUUUGGUAGAAGAGAAAACAUCCCUCCAGAAGAGUCUCCUGUAUUAUGAAAGUCAACAUGGACGGCCGGUUACUAGAGAAGAAAGACAUAUUGUGAAGCCACUUUAUGACAGAUACAGACUUGUAAAACAAAUGUUAACUAGAGCAAGCAUUACUCCUAUUCUUGGUUCACCAUCAACCAAGAGGCGGGGGCAGGUGUUACAGCCUAUUAUUGAAGGUGAAACUGCACAUUUUUUUGAAGAAAUUAAGGAAGAAGAGGAGGAAAGUGAUGGUUUGUCUGCGGACCUGAAUGAUAUCUUAAAAACUGCUGUCCAAUCACAGUCUGUUUUAAGCCCAGUUGAGAACUCAGAGUCUGAUGUUGAAGAUGGUCAAGAGAAACUGACCCGAGACCUUAGGCUGUCAAGCACCCGAGCUGCUUCUAUGCCUGAAUUAUUGGAGCAACUGUGGAAGGCCAGAGCUGAAAAAAAGAAGCUACGCAAGACAUUACGAGAAUUUGAAGAGGAGUUUUAUCAGCAGAAUGGAAGGAAUGUACAGAAAGAAGAUCGUGUUCCAAUGCUUGAGGAGUACAGGGAGUACAAGAAAAUUAAAGCCAAACUUAGGCUGUUAGAAGUCCUAAUCAGCAAACAAGAUUCUUCAAAAUCAAUUUAACUUGCGUUCCUCCAAAACAUCGAAUAACGUUUCCGUAUGCUACCACUGUACUUAUCGGGUGCUUAUGUUCAUUUGUCAUGCACUGUUGAAAGAAUCCAGUUUGUGCACUUUAUUGUGGUGCCACUAUAACAUGUUUGAGCGGUAAGUAGGUCCUGUCUAGAGAGCAAAUAAGAUUUGUAAGUUUGAGACUGCGCUAUCCAACUUUAGCAAACACAAUUUCCAUCAAAAUUUUUGUAUUAGAUGCAUUCAUCUUGUUCCAAAACAAUUGUAGCAUUUUGUUAUUUAGUGUUCAAGAACUCAGAGACUUUUGUUGUUACCAAGUUCUUGCAUUAUCGAAGAAAUUAUUUAUACCAUAAUGCUACACUGAACUACUCCUGUUGCCUAUUUUAUUGUAGGGUGGGAAAAAAGUCAGCAAAUUAAAAAUACAGCUCUUUUUCCUGGAACGUUUAAAAGCCAGCCUGAAAUUCCUUCCAAAGAACUGCUGUGGAACAACUUUUAAGUUUUAGUAAAUUGCAUCUAUAACAGUAAUAAUUACUAUCUGUGGAUAUUGCUUGUUAGUGGUCACGUUUCCUCCUUGAUAAAGAUUACAGUGGACAAACAAGAAAGUGACCUUACUUAGUGUCUUCUAAAACUUGGAAAACUGAAAAGUUAUAUCACAUGCUGCCUACAGGACUUACGUUACUGUUGUUCAUUCUGUUGGUUAUAGUUUAUCGGCUAUUGGUGACAUAGUGUUUUGUCUGAAUUGGAUACUGCAUCUCCACUUUCAGAAGAUUUUGAGGAACAGGAUGAACAUUUCAGUGUGUGGGAAAUCUGUUGUUGCUCAGACUUGCGUAGCUCUAGCAGAAAAGAGCUGGCUUAGGUCAGUUAAAAAUCCACUCAGCCUGAAAUAAGUAUGGUAUCAAGGGCUAAAAUCAGCGUAGUUCAUGCGCACCACAGGGUGAACUGAUGGUUUUGGGUGCAGAAGUUACUGCUGUUUAUCACAGUUUUGUUUUACAGUUGGAGAAUAAAAAUAAGUUAUCUUAACUCUUUUGAUGUAAGCAAAACAGUUUAUGGGCCUUGCAUGAUUUAGCUUCAGAGUUGAAACUAAAUAAUGUUUUGAGCAUCACAUCUGCUGUGCUGAAUGAUCAUUUAGCUAGCUUUUUGCUCUGCAGCAGCCAUCAGCAGCUGUUUUUGAUCUGGCAAAAUCUAAGUGUUAAUUUUAUCUGGUGCUUUCUCAAUUUUUUUUCUUCAGUGUAUCAGUUUGAUUGUGGCCAUGUUUUGCAUGCACCUCCUCUCACUGCAUGUUUUUACGACUGGCUGAUGUCAACAUAGCUAUUACUCACACUGCUUUAUGAAAGACCAAAAAUGAACUUUCUCACAAAGAAAAAAGUGGCUAGCAUGUAACCUCAUAGACUUGCUAUUCUGCCAUGAAGCAUAUGAAAUAGAUUGAAAGUAGGUUUUAGUGCUCAGAUUUCAUCUGAGUACUGUAGAAUACUUCCCGUUUUGUUUUACUCUGCUUGUAGGCAUGUAAUUUUGGAAUUCAGAAAAAAAAAGCACUAAAACUAUUGAGCACUGGUGGUAUGCCUUUUUUUUAAACAGCAAAAUGAUCUGGGACCUUAGAGAAUUAUGAGGUUAAACUAGUCUCGAGACCAUUUAUCAAUUUUAUUCAGUUUCAUUGUGCAAUGUACACUUCAGUUACUUUUCUAUCAGUCUGCAGACACGGGUGUAUCCAAACAUUGAAACUAAUGUGUACUGUAUAGUGUUGUACAUGAAUGUUUGUGUUUUAUAUACCACAUGCAGAAUGUCAAUAUGCACUAUUUAAAUGUUUUAAAUAAUAUAUUCCUCCUUUAUAAUGCUUAAAUCUAUAUGAUUCCAAUAUUUUUAUAAGUGAGUGAGUGAUCAGACUGGUUCCAAUUCAGAAUUAACAGCUGCUUUGUGUUUGUUAUGCAGUGUUUGGCUGUUUAUUCAGUAUAGUAGAUAAGCAUGGCAACAGUUAUGCUAUGAGUGUGUUUUGUGCCAUCCUUGUUGAGCAAUAAAUAAAUGGUAGAACUAGGCAUUUUGUGAUAUAACAGUUUUACUUUGGUAAAAGCAAAACCUAUAUAUCUAUAUGGAUAUAUAGAUAUGGAAUAUAUAUAUAACUAAACCAGAUGUAAUUGCAUUGCUAUGUCUGGUGCUCAUUGUAUAGACUUUUAUAAUAAAAGUACCUUAACCUUUAUUGUCAUA